AUAUAGCUUAAGCGGUCAAUUGUCAUGCGCUGUAUGUAAAUUGAACAUAAAAGAUGAUUCUUCAUGGAGUGUUCAUAUCUCUUCCAAAGUUCACAAGGAUAACAUUUCCAAACGUAAACCAGAAUCAUCAAGAAUGACUGAAAGAUUAGCGGUGACUACGGAAAGCUUAAAACGAACUCUACCUAAACAAGAAAGUUUUGUUCCACCGAAAAAAUUAAAAGGUAUUUUAAAAAAUUAUAUAGCUCCACCAGAAAAAGUCCCUAGUGAUUUCUUUGAAAGCCCAACGCCAAACUCAUUAGAAAAUACAAAUGUUAAUCAAGAAACUGAUGAAAAAAUGGAUGUACAACCAGAGACUCUUGAUGAUUUAAAUCUCGAUGGAGGUGAACUCCCCAAAGGAUUUUUUGAUGAUCCGAUGUUGGAUGCUAAGAUUCGAAAAGAGGAAUAUGUCAGCUCAAUAGAUGAAGAAUUUUUAAAAUUUCAAAAAGAAAUUAAAGAAGAGAAUAUGUUAUCUGAACAGAUAAUGGCAGAUAAUGAAGAUGAAACUACAUAUGGGCGACAAGUAGAAGAAAUUGACGAACAAAUCAAACAUUGGUCUAAGUAUGUUUCAUUUUAAUAAUAAUGAAGAAAAGUGGCAUGCUCAACAUUUUUGAAAGAUGGGGAUAUGUAUUUUU